UGUUACGGUAAGGAGGCGCUCAGCUGCUGUUUGUGCACGUCGAUGAUCAAGCAUGACUUUGGUUUGAUGUAUAGGACGAUUCCGGAAAACUGUAAGAAGAAGAACAGUACGAUUCUGGUGACCUGGUUCGCUCUUCUAAUUCAGUAACUGAGUUCAUGACACGGUUGCCGAAAUAUUAAGAUAUUGGUGGUGUAUGAACAUAUGUGAAUGCUUCAGUGACAUGUGGAGUGAUUCUUCUGGAAGUGACUCUUUGGCUUGACUCCGGAUCAUCCCACCUGUGCAUCAUAUCAGUCGCAUCUGCUUUAAAAACUUAAAGCAUAGAAUUGUGCAUUAAGAUCUCAGCCUAAAAGGACACAGAUGCCUCGAUGGAGGACAUGUAUCAACAAGCACUUUCAGUGGUCCAGCCCUGUAGCUCAAGGGCUGCUUUUAUGUGUUUUAACUUUUGGGGUGUUACUGCCUAUAUGCUGUCACCGUUUAUUGUACUCAUAUUAUUUUUUAAAAACUGUGUAUCUUGAUUCAUUGAGUGAUGCUGCUCUUGAAGAGAGCUAUAACAGAGGUCAGGAGGCCCUACUUUUCUGGGAGGGUGUGGACUCUAAAGAAAGCCUGAAGGACCUGACAGAAACAGUUGCUAAGAAACCAGAUCUCUUGGUCACUGUUGUGACAGCCAGGAGAAUGGAGGGGAGGGAAUAUCACUACCUGUUGCAGGUCACUCAACGGCUUGCGUCACUCCUUAAGACUUGCGGUGAUAAACCAUGUGCUGAGGUAAUGCUUUGUGAUGUCGAAAGUGGGCCUUAUUUGAACGAGGAUGUCUUGCUUGUGGAGAAACAGUUCCUGGUUGUUCGACGAUCUCCAGAUGAGAGGUCGAAGAUCAGAGAAGUUUCAAACAUCUUCGAAAAGGAGAAAAAAGAUUAUGUUUACUGCCUGAGGAAGGGAUGGGACCUUAUGAGGCCAAAAAACAUCAUUGUCCUGGAGGAUGAUGCACUGCCAGGGACAGACUUUUUUCCAUUGAUUAAAAACUUACUCUCGCGGAAGUUUGCUCUCAACACUCUGUACGUGAAGCUGUACCACCCAGAACGUCUGCAGAGGUACUGGAAUCCAGAGCCGUAUCGCAUUCUGGAAUGGGUGGGACUUGGCAUGUUUGGUGCAACAAUCCUUCUCCUCAUAUUUUCCCACUGCACAUCUCUCUCUUUAACCCUGUCUUUUCCUCAUUUUCUCUUUCUGACUCUUUAUAUAAUGGCCAUGGUUGAGCUAGUAGGGAGGCACUAUCUCCUGGAGGUUAGACGCCUUUCACCCCAGCUGUAUACUGUAUCACCUGCCACUGAAUGCUGCACCCCCGCUAUGCUCUUUCCAGGCAACGCUUCCAUUCGAGCAGCAGAGUACCUGGACCAGGUUGUUUGUGCUCAGGGUAAUGCAAAAGACAUGGUGCUGUACAAGAAAGCCAGAUCGACACCAGGAGAGAGGGCACACAGUGUUGAACCCAAUGUGAUCAAGCAUAUCGGAGCGUACUCCUCCGUCAGGGUCAACCCCCUUCGACCCAAAUUAAUUUGAAAUCUGAAGGUUUUUAUUUAAGGAUUGUAUGAUAAUUGACUGAAUUUAGCACAUGUUCAUACAGAACUGCAGCAUAGUAGCACAAACCUGGAUUAGGGCCUUCCAAGUAAACCCAAAGUAUACUUCGGUUUUGACGCAAAUGCUUAAGCCCAAAGGAUACUUUGGUUUUGACGUGAACGCUUAAGCCCAAAGUAUACUUCGGGUUUGAUGCGAACGCUUAAGCCCAAGUAAUAUAUAUAUAUAUAUAUAAAUAUAUAUAUUUUUUUCAAAUUGGAAUGCCCAAUUCUCAAUGUGCUCUAAGUCCUCAUGGUGGCGUAGUGACUCGCCUCAAUCCGGGUGGCGGAGGACAAAUCUCAGUUGCCUCUGCAUCUGAGACCGUCAAUCCGCACAUCUUAUCACGUGGCUUGUUAAGCGCGUUACCGCAAAGACGUAGCGCGUGUGGAGGCUUCACGCUAUUCUCCGCAGCAUCCACGCACAACUCACCUCUUGCCCCACCGAGAGCGAGAACCACACAUUACAGCGACCACGAGGAGGAUACCUCAUGUGACACUACCCUCCCUAGCAACCGGGCCAAUUGGUUGCUUAGGAGACCUGGCUGGAGUCACUCAGCAUGCCCUGGAUUCAAACUCAUGACUCCAGGGGUGGUAGUCAGUGUCAAUACUCGCUGAGCUUCCCAGGCCCCCCAAUACUUGGGUUUUGACACAAACGCUUAAGCCCAAAGUAUUCUUCGGUUUUGACGUGAGCGCUUUAGCCCAAAGUUUACUUCAGUUUUGACCCGAACACUUAAGCCCGGAGUAUACUUCGGCUUUGACGUGAAUGCUUAAGCCCGGAGUAUACUUCGGCUUUGACGUGAAUGCUUAAGCCCGGAGUAUACUUUGGUUUUGACGCGAACGCUUAAGCCCGACAUAUACUUCGGUUUUGACACGAACGCUUUAGCUCAAAGUAUACUUCGGUUUUGACGCAAAUGUUUACACCUGUGCACGGCCUAGAUUAUCUUGAUACCCGCACCGUCCUUGUCUGUGCACAUCACCGGCACAUGCGCAGAACGCAGAAAAACAAAGUAUAUCCGGGCCUUUAGUGUAUGCGUACAGUCGAACGCUCAGCCUUUCAAAAUAUAUUCCCUUUGACUGUGCACGCAUACACUGGCGGCUGCCGCAUACACGCUACGACUGCUAUGAGAUACUGGACCAUUUCUUUUAGGAGUUUAAACCAAUAAAGAUGUCUUUAUGAUUCGAAUUAAACAAAUGUACAUGUUUUUGACCUCUGUUGUAGUUUCCACCAUCUCCUGUUGUUUUGCAUCUUUUUUGUGCUUCUUUGUGAAAGCAACGGCUCAAUUGGGAGUGUUGCCACUUUGUGGACCCACUAAUUAGUACAAAUAAUUCCAGGCCCAUGCGCAUACUGUGCAUGUCAGAGUACAUGCGGUUAGAAAAAUCAGGCCGCACGCAGUUAGUACUUGAGCACUCUGCUUUUGACGAAAUUUGCUUCACGCAACCUCUAUGCAGAUGCCUAGCUUUUGCAUCUAACCGAAGUAUACUUUGGGCUUUAGUGUCUCUAAGUAAGAAAGCAUAUCUGACCCUUUUCCAUAUAGUCUCAUUCAUUUGGAUAUCAAUAACAAAACAGAGUCUAGAUUAGUACGAUGAGCACUAUGAAGUUUCAUACAUGUGAUUCCUUGUUUGCUGCUGUUCCAGACACACAGCUGCUGCUAGAAGCUUCAAGAAUGUGGUAUGUUUCAAACCAAGAUCUUUGCUAAACAAUGGAAUGUGGGCUCUUUUAAAAUCCACAGUGUUUACAACUUUAUAUAUUUGAUAUUAAAUAAAGGUUUAUUGUUGUUUUUAAUACUCUAUAUUCACAUUUGCUUGAUAUAAUCAUAUUUCACUUUCAAGUUUCUUUUACACACCAGAAAUAAUAAUCCAGCAGUUUGAGCAGGCUUUGAGAUGAUUAACUUUGAUGAAAUCAAAGUUGGACAAUUGUCCAAAAACAUGAUCUGAAUUAUAUUUUGGAAGAUUUUUUAAGAUGUUAAUUUGAAUAAAAUGUACCUAAUACAAAUGUUAUCAAUCACACUAUAAGAUAGAUUUUGUUUUAUUUUCAUCAUGACUAAAAUUAUAAAGAGAUGCUAAUCUAUUUAAGUAUCUAUGGAUUUCAUAGAAAUAAUUUGGUAAAUAAAAAUA